AUGUCUAAUGUUAACUUCAUAGUCAGGGAUAUCCGCUACGCAUGCAAGUUUGAGCCCUCCUCUGACUUGUUGCAAGUGUUGGAAUGGUUCAGAAUUCAACUCUCUGAGUCUGAUUUGAAGCUCAAAGGCCACCGCUGCUCAUUUCUACUUGUUUAUCUUCUUGAAGCUCUACUCCUUGUAUUGGGACGCCAGUUUACUCUUUCUCCCAAAACUGCGAGAGCCAAAGCGUUACUAGUGGCCGUUGUGGAAACGUUAUUAUCUAAAAUAUCCGAAAAAUCUCAUUCCUUAACAAACCAGCUAAUUGCUAUAUUGGCACAAUCGGUAUUUUCUUUUCGUGGUGUGGAUCCAGUGGAUAAAUCAGAAACAAGUCUCCAACUCUUCUCAAGAUUAGCUUCAAUUGACUUGUCAAGAAAACUCCUUCGCGUUAAUGUUUUCGUUGAUCUGUUCAUGAUAUGUACCCUGGAUUAUCUCCAGUGUUUGAUCGAUAUCAUUUUCCAUUACUGCUGUGCCUACGACACCUCCCGAAGGAAAAGUGCACAUGCUACUAUUCUUCACUGCUUAGCUGUGUACGGAGAUCAAUUCUUGUUAGAGCAUUUCUAUUUACAAGACUGGUAG